GAGUGUUUCAUCACAGAGCAGAGAGAAAGCAGAAGAGGAGGAGAGGGAUCACAGUUAAGAGUCACCACUCUGGGAGAUCUGUGGACAAACGGAAGGAGACAAACAAGAAGAGAGAAAAAGAAAGCUUUUGGAAAAGGCUGAAGAUGGUGUGUCUAUGCUGGUUGUUAGUGGUGGUGAUGGCCUAUGUGUGCGUCCCCGGGUUUGGAUCGUUGUGCUGGGACAACUCCAUCUGCAACGACCUGAGCAACAAGGACAGGAUACUGGACUGUAUUCAUCUCUGCAUGUCUGUGGCCCAGACUGAAUUCCCACAUCUCAGCGCACUGGCCCUGAACGGUAAUGAUGACGAUGAGCUCUUACUCGGCAUCAUCCUGGCCACCCUGGUCUCUGAAAACAAGAUAUCAGUGUCAGACCUGAAGGCUCACAGCGACCAGCGACGCUCCUAUUCAAUGGAGCAUUUCCGCUGGGGCAAACCCUCUGGCCGUAAACGCCGGCCUGUAAAGGUUUUUGCCUCUUCUCUGGAGGGAGGGGGAUCUUCUGAGGGCAUUUCCCCCCCUCAGGCUCGCAGGCAGCUGAGCAGCAACGAGAAUGAAGUGAAGGGAGAUGGUCAUCAAAACCUGGGAUUGAGGGCGAGGGUCAGCUCUAAGUCACAUGUCCAGUUGAGCCCACAGGAGAGAAAAGAUGGUACCUAUCGGAUGAGUCAUUUCAGAUGGGGCAGCCCGACUGUCUCUAAACGUAAUGGCAACUUGAUGAAGACGUGGGAGGAGAAACCUCAGAGGCAGCUGGCCAAGCUCUUCAGGAACAUUAUAUAUAAGGAUGUGCAGAGGAUAAUGGGCUGAAGGGAGGAUGGAGAAGAGGGGGGAGGGCCUGGUAGUUGAAAGAGUCUAAUAGCCGUUGCAUGUUAGUAUCCAAAGGUCUUAAUUUAAAAUGACAGAAACUUGUCACUAUCAUUAGCAUGUUGUUGAAUGUAUAUUCUGGGCCAAAGGUUUGUCUCAUUAAAACCUUGACUAAUAAGAAAAAAGGCAGUUUUAUGUUGCACCCACAGACUGCCUUGACCUUCUUGGUCUAACUUGAAAACUUUCUUAGAGGUAUUUUUUUUCUUGUGGGUAAUGUUUUGUACAGGAAGUAAACAAGUGGUGGGUGGGAAAGAAAGUAUUUAAAAACCUAUUCAGUUUAUUUACACAGUGGUAUCUUUUUGUAAACUAAUAUGAUAUUAAAGAUAAUUCUGCUUGUGGCAAACAACAA